AUGGGCCUAUUCGGCCACAUGCGCAUCCUCGAAAGCGGAAUUGACCGCCCUCCCGACUCACCCAUUACGCCAAACCCCACUGACACUUCAUCAUCCUGUGAGCCCAUCACCGUCAUCGCAGCUGACACCGACACCACCGACUUCACCUGCCCACACUCUCCACGUACGUUCAACUCUCGCAUCGGCCUGGUCGGUCACUUGCGAAUCCAUGGCACAGAGAUUGGCGAACCAGUGCCUGGAGCACCAACCUUUACCCACCAAGAUCGCCUCCACUGCCCACACUGUCCUCGCACUUUCAGGCAUCGCAUGGGCCUAUUCGGCCACAUGCGCAUCCACGAGAGCGGAAUUGAACGCAAUCCCGACAAGCCCACCACAUCCAACACAACCACCAUGCCCAGCCCUACCCUUGCUUCAUCGCCCUGUGAGCCCACCACCACAAGCACCACCAUCAACUCCGCCGUAGCCGACGCAGACACCGCCGACUUCUCAUGCCUACACUGUCCACGCACAUUCACCUUUCACAUAGGACUGGUCGGUCACUUGCGAAGUCAUAGCACAGAGGCUGGCGAACCAGUGCCUGGAGCACCAACCUACACUUACCGCACUCGCCUCCACUGCCUACAUUGA